AUGUUUUGUCUGAAAAACCUAUUGAUAUCAUUGAGUGUCAUAACAGUUAUCAACAGUGAGAACACAACCAAUCAAUUCAGUGGCAAAACUAUCAUCUAUUCGGUCGAAGACUUGGACACAUCGGCGGGCUAUCACUAUCAGCACAGUUACCCACACCACUAUCACCACCAGUACCCCCAUCACUCUCAGCCCCAUUCCUCCACAUACCAUCACCAGUACCACCCGACACCGCACCACUCGACGCCCACCUAUCACUCGCACAACUACCACAGCCCUCACAGUUACUCCUAUAGUAAACACUAUCCAAAGCAUUAUCACUCUCACGGACACCUCCACGCACACCACGGCUCCCACCACGGGGGACAUGGAGGUGGGGACGGGUAUGGCGGUCACCACAGUGGACACAGCCACCAUACAGACUAUAACAAAGCGUGGGAUUCCAGUGGUCACGGAAGCAAUACUGGAUGGGAUAGUCAUUCAGCCGCACAUCACGGCAACCAUUGGGGCAAAUAUGGGAGCGGUAGUCAUGCGGGACAUUAUGGGGAUUGGGUGGAUAAGGCCCAGUGGCAUAAAGAUAAAGGAGAUGGGUAUGUGAAGAAGUGGUCGUGGGAUAAGGAAAAUGGCUUCAAAAAGGCAGCCAAUAUAUACGGGGCCAGUCAUGCACAGCACAACCACACCACGGCCGGCACUACCAUCACGACCAACAUGGAUCACAUGGACAUCAGGCGUAUGGCGCACACGGCGCUCAUAACUCUGAUGGACAUCACAGUCACGGCUACACUCAUGGCUCGCAGGGCACCCACGGUCACAGUCAUGGACACUAUGCCCACCAUAAGCCACACUACUAUUAUGCACAUCACUACUAGUUUGAACGGAAAGUUUGAGAUCCCAGUGAACCCUAAGAUCACAAUGGUCGACAAAAACUGUUCGCCACUUAACCACACAUCCCGACCCCAAAAAUAUCAGAGGCUAUUCAUAUUCAGCUCCGGUAUCCUCACAAUUACGCCCAAAAUCCAGAUCCCAACCGAACUGACGGGGAGUGUGGCGUCGGGUCUGUCCAUAGGACUCCCCAUUAAAGUGAAAUUUCAGUCACAAUAUCAGUUGAUGUCUGAAUGGAUUAAACAGGUGUUGGUUGACAAAGCCCAGGAAAUAAGUCAUAAGACAUUAGGAAGGAGUUGUCUUCAAAGGGCUAUUUGUGAGGUCUCGCAAACACCACUCAUUGCACCCAAUACUGGACUAAUCGGACAAUUGAUUGACAUGUUUCUUACUAUUGAACCAGCUCACAUAGAGUAUGGAAAUCAUUUUGAGGACUACUACAUAGCCCAAACCAUUGCGGACAGGUCCUCUCGGGUGAACAUAAUAGGCAGUCGACGUCUGACCGAUAGGCCUAACUUCUCGGCCAAAUACUGGGCGCCAUCAUUGCAAUCCCAGGCCUCCAAAUACAAGCCAUCAAAGCCGACAAACUUAAUAACGCCUGAGGGCUUCCGCGAUGUCGUCGCUGUUUGCGUACAACGGCUGCGGACUAAUGGAGUUGUCGUUUGUGGUCUUGAAGAUGGCAUAACCGGCGAUAUAGCCGUUCUCGAUAUACCGGGCCAGUAG